CGGGGGGCGGGGGGAGCAGCGCCGCGGCCGUCGCCGCCUCCGCCUCCGCCGCCUGGGACUAGGGGGUGGGGGGCGGACGAGUCCCGAUGCCGGGGGAGACGGAAGAGCCGAGACCCCCGGAGCAGCAGGACCAGGAAGGGGGAGAGGCGGCGGCGGCCAAGGCGGCUCCGGAGGAGCCCCAGCAACAGCCCCCUGAAGCGGCGGCGGCGGCCCCUGGGGGGACCACUAGCAGCCGCGUGCUGAGGGGAGGUCGGGACCGGGGCCGGGCCGCUGCGGCCGCCGCCGCCGCUGUGUCCCGCCGGAGGAAGGCCGAGUAUCCCCGCCGGCGGAGGAGCAGCCCCAGCGCCAGGCCUCCCGACGCCCCAGGGCAGCAGUCCCAGGCCGCGAAGCCCCCGUCUCCAGCUCAGGGCAAGAAGAGUCCGCGACUCCUAUGCACAGAAAAAGUAUCAUCUGACAAAGAUCCCAAGGAAGAGAAAGAGGAAGAAGGUUCUACCGUCCCUCAGGAAGUUUCCGUUGCUGCAACUAAGCCUAGCCGGGGCUGGCGUAGCAGUAGCAGGACAUCUGCCUCUCGGCAUCGUGACACAGAGAACACCCGAAGCUCUAGGUCCAAGACUGGUUCAUUGCAACUCAUCUGCAAGUCAGAACCAAAUACAGAUCAGCUUGAUUAUGAUGUUGCAGAAGAGCAUCAGUCUCCAGGUGGCAUUAGCAGUGAUGAGGAGGAAGAGGAGGAAGACGAGAUGUUGAUCAGUGAAGAAGAAAUACCGUUCAAAGAUGAUCCAAGGGAUGAGACCUACAAACCCCACUUAGAAAGGGAAACCCCAAAGCCACGGAGAAAAUCAGGGAAGGUGAAAGAAGAGAAAGAGAAGAAAGAAAUAAAAGUGGAAGUAGAGGUAGAGGUGAAAGAAGAAGAGAAUGAAAUUAGAGAAGAUGAGGAGCCUCCUAGGAAGAGAGGAAGAAGGCGAAAAGAUGACAAAAGUCCACGAUUACCCAAAAGGAGAAAAAAGCCUCCAAUCCAGUAUGUCCGUUGUGAGAUGGAAGGAUGUGGAACUGUUCUUGCUCACCCUCGCUAUUUGCAGCACCACAUUAAAUAUCAGCAUUUGCUGAAGAAGAAAUACGUAUGUCCCCAUCCCUCCUGUGGGCGACUUUUCAGGCUCCAGAAGCAACUUCUACGACAUGCCAAACAUCAUACAGAUCAACGAGAUUAUAUCUGUGAAUACUGUGCUCGAGCCUUCAAGAGUUCCCACAAUCUGGCAGUGCACCGGAUGAUUCACACUGGCGAGAAGCCAUUACAAUGCGAGAUCUGUGGAUUCACUUGUCGGCAAAAGGCAUCCCUUAAUUGGCACAUGAAGAAGCAUGAUGCAGACUCCUUCUACCAGUUUUCUUGCAAUAUCUGUGGCAAAAAAUUUGAGAAGAAGGACAGCGUAGUGGCUCACAAAGCAAAAAGCCACCCUGAGGUGCUGAUUGCCGAAGCUCUGGCUGCCAAUGCAGGCGCCCUCAUCACCAGCACAGAUAUCUUGGGCACUAAUCCAGAGUCCCUGACACAACCUGCAGACGGUCAGGGUCUUCCUCUUCUUCCUGAGCCCUUGGGAAACUCCACGUCUGGAGAGUGCCUUCUGCUAGAAGCUGAAGGGAUGUCAAAGUCAUAUUGUAGUGGGACAGAACGGAUGAGCCUGAUGGCUGAUGGGAAGAUCUUUGUGGGAAGUGGCAGCAGUGGGGGCACUGAAGGGCUGGUCAUGAACUCGGAUAUACUCGGUGCUACCACAGAGGUUCUGAUUGAAGAUUCAGACUCUACUGGACCUUAGAGGAAGGGAAGACUUUGGGCACUGGGACAGCUAAGACUUUGUAUUUAAAAGACAAAAAGGACAAAAAAAAAAAUUUAAAGCAUUUAAAAUCUAGUAAAAUAACUGAAGGGCCUGCUUUUUCCAUUGUGGAUCACAGCACACGUGCGCACACACACGCGCACACACACACGCGCGCACACACACACACACAUCCCCUCUUGUCCCUCUGUUGUCCCCUUUAUAAAAUUGAUGUUGCCUUUACCAGAAAGCUAGACAAAGAAAAAGCAGCAGCAGCUCUUAAAGUAACGGUUAUUCUUAUACUCAGUUCCAGCCAGGCAGACUUCCUGCUCAUCAGCAGAUCCCCCUUUUUCAGCCUGUAACUCUGAUGUGCUCUGGAUCAGCUUUUAACUCUUAAUAAUAUAUUAAUAUUCUCUAAACCCCUUCUCCUCCUUUACUGCUUCCCUAUGGUUCUGGCUUCUAUCCCCUGCAGCACAUUUAUCUUCAAAGUAUCAUAUACUUCUAAUCUCUGGAGGCUGGCAGCUUGACUUGGCACUUUAGGGCCCCUUAGCAGGGUGAGCUGUUAAAACAGCACACAUCUCUCACCCCCUUUCCCUCUAUUCCCCCUGGGUUUAGGAAAGGAAGGAUACAUGGGGACCACCUCCUGCCUCUUCACCUCACCACCUUCCUCAGUCCCCCUCCCAACACCUCCAUAAGGUUCUCAGUGGUGCUCACUUGCUUUGCAAGCAGGCUCCCAACAGGGAGGGAACUACUGUCUACAUGGUCUCUCUGACCAUAAGACAGGGUUCUAUAUCAGUGAGAAAAGUCCCAGACUAGUGGCAGAAAUUUGCACUUUGAACAUGUGUGUUUUUGUGUUGUGGAACCUGAGAUUCCUUAUUUAUUAACAAAGUCUGAUUUCUCUUUUUUUUUUUUUUGUCUUUGUUGCUAUAUUUUGUGGGGCUGGGAGAGAUUAGAUUAUUCUGACAUGGGGUCCUUUGCAUAAGAGAUACUUGUAGAAGGCAAGAUAUAGGGUUGAAGAAGCACAGCCAGCCUCUAAAAUCAUAGCUCUCUAGUGGCCUUUAAAGAAAGCUGGUCCUCAGCACUAACAAAAUCACUACAGUAGCCUAGUGCUUUUCCGGAAACCUCUUUAGGGAAGGAUGUUAGGUUUGUGGUAAUUAGUGGUCUGAGUUUUUAGAGCAUCGAGAUUUAGGAAUUUUGAGGGGGUCAGGAAGGUUGUUCAGGGUCUGAAUUAUAGAUAAAAGGUUUUCUCUUGUGAAUUUGUUGAUUUUCUUUUUUGUCCCCAUCAUUUCUUUGUACAGACCUCCCUGUUACCCCAGCUCUGGCCCCUUGCUUGCUUUGGCUUUGGCUUUGGCUUUGGCUUUGCUUUGCUUUAUCAUUGGUUGAUUCCAGCUCCCAAUUAGUGAAGGACACUGCCAUCAGUGAAGGAAUAGUCUGAGUCAUACAGUUGUAAGUAAAAGAAAAUUGCUCUGUUUUGUUUCCCUUUUAAUAACACUUCAGAAGAAGAAAACCUUCAACAAAGUUAAUAAUCUGUAUAAUGCUUUGGUUUUCACCUGAAGUUGUAGGAAUUAUCAUUUCCCUCGAGGUAGGGAUUUUCAUGGGGUGGAUUACUUACUGUCCAUGGGAAAGACAGUUUUGUACAACUUCAUAACUUCCAGAAGACCAAAAGCAUAUUUUGGCCCAUUUUUAGAGAAUUAGAAGGGCAGUCUCUCCUACGUACCUCAGAAACUGGAAUUAAAGGCUUGCCCUAUUCAUUGUUUGUCAGAAAUGUAUGAUGGCUGUUGGAAAGAAUGAAGUUUUGCUGAGAACAAAAUAAGGAACAGCUUGUUUUUCACAAACACUAAAACUACAAAGUUUAUCAGUUUUCUCUUUUGAUUUUUUUUUUUCCCCAAAAAGAAGGGUAACAAAACGUCAUCUCUGAAAGAGGCUUACUUUACACCCACCUAGUGUCAGUGGUUGGGAUGCCAGGGAAUAGGGAGUGAAACACCUACAGUGAGCAGUCUUAAAUGUACUGUUGUUUCUUUUCAGUGUUGCAGAUUUGCCAUCCCCUUCAGUGUGAGGGUAGAAAAUGGAAUAAGGUUAGAAGGGAUAUAGAGUAUGCUUUCCUGCCCACAGUAAGGAUUUGGAGAUGACUUCGGUAUGUUGAGUAAAUUUGAAAAUAUUAUAAGAUUGACUGGAUGGGUCUAAAACAAAGUUGUUCCACUCCCGUAUUAAGUCCAUUUUGUACUGUUUCACUAGCUAGCAUCUAUACCCCACUUUACUUUUUGUCUUCAUCACAUUUAUCUUAUCCUUUGUCUCCAUAAAUUACAUUUGCAGUUGUUAGUCAUCAGAUGUUUUAGCCACCUACACAAAAGCAAACUGCAUUUAAAAAAAAAAAAAACUUUAUGAGAUAGAGGGAAAAUAUAUUCUUCCCUGUAUCACACUCCUCCCCACCAAAAGCAGCUAGCUAGUUCUCAGAAACUUUCUCCUUUCUCUGUUUUUUACUCAUCUUCAUUUGCCUGUAAUUUGUUUCAAUAAAUUAUUACAGCAGUUUGCGAUAAAUUUUAAAAUAUUUUUCACAGACUUAAGAUUUUUUCCUUUUGAGAAAAGGGUGCUAGCAAAGUAAAGAGUUGGUUAAAGUAAACUAUCUUAUACUAGAUUCUUUUCCCUUUUCCAUUCUGCUCCUCAUACGUUUACUUCAUUGUCCUUCUAAGGAACUCUUAAUCUUAAAAUUCUACAUUUCCUACUCUUUUUUUUUUUUUUUUGCGAUACGCGACCCUCUCACUGUUGUGGCCUCUCCCGUUGCAGAGCACAGGCUCCGGACGCGCAGGCUUAGCAGCCAUGGCUCACGGGCCCAGCCGCUCCGCGGCACGUGGGAUCUUCCCGGACCGGGGCACGAACCCGUGUCCCCUGCAUCGGCAGGCGGACCCUCAACCACUGCGCCACCAGGGAAGCCCAACAUUUCCUACUGUUAAUCAAAUUCUGCUACCUUUUUAAUAACUCUUCCCACAGCAUAUUCUCCAUCUUGAAUUAGCAAUUCUAAAUUCUGAAAAUGUACUUAAUACAACUAUUAUUUCUACAAGAUAUAGAAAUACAUCUUGUAGAAAUACAUCUUUCCCCUUGUUUGUGGUUGCCCAGGGCUAUUUUGUAAAAUUGAGACUUAAUAUGCUUCAGAGAAUUUAGAUAAACACUGGCCAAGAUUACUGGGAGUAAAAAUAGAUACAUUGAGGUAUGGAAAAGCAUUCACACAGAGCACUUGAACUUCCUUAGAACCUGUUUGGAGAAAAAAAUAUAAAGAGUGUACUAAACCUAACUAAGGUUAUUACAGUCCGGCUGUUCGAAGCACCAUUUUUCCCUCCUGUCUUUUUCCCACUUUCCAGUGUACUCAAGAAAACUGAAAAAUUGUAAUGAAUCAAUUUAAAAUAUUUUAUUUCCUAGAAGCCUUUUUUGCCUGUUGUAAUAUGCAGGACCCUUCUCCUUUGGUGGGAGAGACAGGUAGUUACCUGAAUCUAGGUUGAAAAGGUUAUGUAAAAAGAAAUUAUAAUAAAAGGGAUACUCUGCUUUUCAAA